AUGUCCGACAUUCAGAAAAAUGUCGAGGCUGCCUCGGAGAGCUACUCGUCUGGCUUCGACAAGGGUCACCUGGCCUUGCCGCCGGCGAAGAAGUAUCUCGUCCUGACUUGCAUGGACGCCAGAAUCGAUCCGGCACGGGCAUUCGGCAUCGAGUUGGGCGAUGCGCACGUCUCUAAUAAGAAAUCAUGCGGGAUGGCGAUCCGUAGUUGUGUUGGCGGUUACCCCAUGGCUGGCGCUUCAGCUGUCGACGGACUCCGCAGCAUUGUCAUCUCGCAGCAGCUCCUCGGCACGCACGAGAUCGUCCUGGUCAAGCAUACUGGCUGUGGCAUGCUGACUUUCAAGAAUGAGGAUGCGUACGGCAUCGUCGAGAAGAACCUAGGUGCUGAUGCUUCAUUGGAGGCCAAGAACUGCAUCCCCGACUUUUUGGCCUUCCCCGAGCUGGAGGAGGCCGUCAAGAAGGACAUUGACUUCAUCAAAGCCUCCAAGUUAGUGCCCGACAGCGUGACACUGAGCGGCUGGGUAUACGAGGUCGAGACUGGAAAGACCAGGCGUGUUAUCUGA